UUUGCAAAUAAAGAACACUAAGCGGCAACAAUUACUGUUGAUCGUUUCUAGUUUUUUCCUAUUUUCACCUUCAUUUGCAAUUCACACAAACCCUGAAGAACAAAAUGGAUGAAGAAGAGAGAAGAAUCCUCCUCGACAGGGAAAGGUAUCAGAUCGAACAGAUUCGCCAGCUCGAUCUUGAGGAGUUGCAGAUCGAGGAGGUUGAUGAUAUUCUCGAAUCUUCCGAUGAAGACACUGACCCUACUGGUCGCGGAUUUGGCGGCGCAACCUUCGAUGGCGAGUUCACUUACAAUACCUGUGUAGUAUCCUUACAUUCAUAUUUGGGUGAGGUUGAAGACGCACGCCAUAGGACAGCUUUCUAUGAUGGUGGUGCUGUAUUGAACACUCCGCUUUUCUGUCUAGAAGGUGUCGUACUCUUUCCUGGGGCUACCCUUCCCCUGAGAGUGACUGAAGCAAAUCUUGUGGCUGCUAUUGGGAGAGCUUUGCGUCAGGUUGAUGUUCCUUACACUAUUGGUGUGAUUCGAGUUCACAGGGAUACUGCAAAUUAUAGGAUGAAAGCCGCAAGUGUUGGAACGACUGCAGAGAUUCGACAAUAUGGGCGCCUGGAGGAUGGUUCAUUGAAUUUGGUCACCCGUGGACAGCAACGCUUUCAUCUGAAAAGACAUUGGAUUGAUGCAGAAGGAGUGCCUAAUGGAGAGAUACAGAUUAUUGAGGAAGACAUGCCAUCGAGAAUGCCACGGGAUGCUUUUGGGAAGUUAGCACCUUUGAGUAAUAUACCACAUAGUUGUGUCGUCUCACGUCUUCUACCCUCAAAGUAUUCUCACCUAGGAGUGUGUGGAUCUAAAGUUGGGGUAAAUGAUUCAGAAACAAAUUCAGAAGAUAGCUUUGAGAGUGAGCUUUCGCCAAUGGAUAGGAGAAUGCACCAUUCAAUCAUUGGCUCUGGCUAUGACCAUGACUUGAUGGAUGAAUCAGCAAGCAGUGGUGAUGAUAAAUUCUUGUAUGAGUCUGAUCAGGAAAUUAGGUCUAACCAAAAUGAUUCUGACUCCUUGAGAUUGUUGCUCUCUAACUAUGGAAAAGAUGCUGAAAUUCAAGAUUCAAGAAUUGGGCAUUGUUCUACUUCGGAAAAGCAGUCUUCCAUAAGGGAACAGCUUAGGUGCCGUAAAACUAUCGAUGUCUGCUCAUCACAUAAAAUGUCAAGAGCAUUCUGGCCUCAUUGGGUAUAUCGUAUGUUUGACUCAUAUUGGCUUGCACAAAGAGCUUCAGAUAUGUGGAAGCAAAUAGUUGGGGCGCCAAGCGUGGAUGGUCUUGUCAAAAUGCCUGAUGUUUUAUCAUUUUAUAUUGCCAGUAAAAUACCUGUUUCUGAAUCUACAAGACAGGAGCUUUUGGAUAUUGAUGGCAUUCCAUACCGACUGCGCAGGGAAAUUGAAUUACUAGAGAGUAUUGAUCUUGUUCGGUGUAAGAUCUGUCAGGCUCUAAUUGCAAAGCGAAGUGAUAUGUUAGUGAUGUCUAGUGAGGGUCCUCUUGGUGCGUAUGUAAAUUCAAAUGGUUUUGUGCACGAGAUAAUGACUCUAUCGAAGUCAAAAGGCUUAGCCCUCAUGGGGCCACCAGUUACAGAAUAUAGUUGGUUUCCCGGGUAUGCAUGGACAAUCGCAAACUGUGGUACAUGUGAAAUUCAUAUGGGGUGGCUUUUUACGGCCACCAACAGAAAACUGAAGCCCAGGUCAUUUUGGGGGAUACGUAGCUGUCAAGUUGCAGAAGAAAUGCGCUAAACCUCCAAUUCUGGUUUAGUGGCCAAGUAGUUGAGUUUGAUCUUUAUACAUUCACAACUAACUCAAUGGAAAUUCAUAGUAGGAUGCUGAAAAUUGUAUCAUUGUGUGUAUGCCUUUCUUUUUUACAUUCGUUGAAUAAAAGAAAAAGGAUCAUGCAUACACAGACAGGUCAUUCAUGAUGCUGAGUUCUUUAUGUAGUUAGAGUAGAAUAAAUUUCCAUAAUAGUUCAUGAGAUUUACGGGAUUACCCAAUUUGAUCUUCGAGGUUUCGAGGUUCCAAUUUUACCAUAGUGGUCCCCAGAUUGAGCUUCGGACACCAUAGUGGUCUCUGAAUGUUUUUCUGGUGAUGACUCGCCAUUUCAGUGAAGACUAGCCAUGUUGGUUCCUCCGCCACCCCACACCCUACACCUCUGCCACCCUCUUCUCCUUCCCCUCCCACUACACGGCACUCUCAUCCUCAACUCUCUCCAUCCCUCUCCCCCUCUCUCCAUCCUAUCCCUCUCUCUCCUCACCAGAAUAUGGAAGAGCCCAGGCCACUGAGGCCUUGCAUUAUAUCUAGAUCUAUGAUGUGAACCCUUUUUUCUUUCUCAAACGCUUCUUGAAUUGCUUGGUUGGCGGUGAAGUGGGAGAACUUGAUGAAGGGGCUGAUUCCGUUGAAGACUUGGAAAGCAGAAGCAACUUUCUGGCUGUGAGGAACGAUUGGCAGCGUUGCGUAGAUUCCGAGGCAAGAGC